UGUUGUUCAGUCUUUCCCAGUUGGUGAUAACUUAAUGGUUUGUGUGCUGUUUUUAUUUUAUUUUUUUAGAACAAAAGGUUUACGCAACUUAAUCUCUUAAUGGAGCUCAUCGAAAGCAGUUACAAAGGGGAUACAAAAAAUGGCAGGAUGGAUGGAAAAGGAGAGUACACCUUUCCCACAGAGACCAAGUAUGAGGGAGAGAUGAAAGAUGGGAUGUUCAAUGGCAAAGGAGUGCUACACUUUCCAAAUGGAAGUAAAUAUGAGGCCACCUGGGAAAAUGGCAUAGCUAAACAGGGGUCCUUUACUUUUGCUGAUGGUCUGCAGUACCAGGAGAAGGACUGGGACUACUGCGAUGGUUACGACAGGCGCUUCUACAGUGAGAGGUGUAAUGGACUCAGACCUGCAGGAGAAUCUCAGCUAACUGAUCUUCAUCCCCCACACAUCAUUCCCGAUGGAUGCUACGAUUGUGGAGAUGGUUUCUAUGACCCCAAUACCAGAGUCGUCACUUCCCACACUGGCAGAUUCCUCAGGAAUGCAGAUGACUCCGAGCAUGACUGGAUUGUGCGGACUUGUCGGAAAGCUUGGGAUGAGAUUGUUGGAGUUGAUCCUGAAAACUCUGUUGCAACCAUUCCUGAUGAGACCAGUAGUAUCAACGGAUCCAUUGUUUAAAACUCCACUUUGUAUUUGUAUGUAAAGCCUAUUAAAACUAUAAAACAUUU